AUAUGUAACCUGGGCAGUGGCCAGUGAACAGUGAAAGAAGUAACGUUUUCGAUCAGCAUCUUGAUAAAUGGCAUUGUUUACCGGCUUCAAAUAGGAAAGCUCACAUAAUUUAUUUUCAGCGCCCCGGCGUUGGCCACGCCCGUCCAUCGGCGAAUGUCUAGGUCACGGCCCGGCUCCGAGCCGUAUAAAGCCGCUCCGGCCCGCAGGUCGGCAUCAGUUGAUCACACAGCUCCACAGCACACUCAACAUGAAGUUCUUCGUGGUUGCCGCCCUGCUGGCCGUUGCCGCCGCCGACAGCGCGCCCUCCUACGCGCCCAGGCCCGCCUACCACCCCCAGCCGGCCUACAAGCCCGCUCCCUACAAGCAGGAGAGCUACGACCAGCCGCCCAAGUACGACUACAGCUACGACGUCCACGGAUACGGAGACUACGAGCCCGUCUUCAACGCCCAGGAGGCGCGUGACGGCUACGCCACCCAGGGAUCUUACUCGGUUGUGCUGCCCGACGGCCGUACCCAGACGGUCACCUACCGUGUGGAUGACGCCUACUCUGGCACCAUUGCUGACGUCACCUACGAGGGUGAGGCCCGCUACGACGAGUACAAGCCCAGCUACAAGCCCAGCUACCCUCAGCCGAGCUACAAGCCCACCUACAAGCCCGCCUACGGCAACUAAGUCAGAAAUACGUGUAUUGUAUGCGUGAAUGAAUUCUGUUUGUGUUGUAUUUAUUGUGUGAUGUCCUUUGUCAAUAAAGCCAAACAACGCUA